AUGGGCAUAUUUCAACGAUCUCGCGCAGCCCCCGCCUCUCAAGCAUCGGUGGCAAGACGACAGGGUAUCCAUUGGCCGCUUUUUGUUCCCAGCGCAGUGCUCUGCGCUCUAUCAAUCACCAUAUUCAGCUUGAUAAGUUCCAUGGUGGCAUGGCUUCUUGAGCAGAAGCAUCAGGUGCACACAUAUCGAGUGGACUGGCCUGGAAAUCCUACACAAAUAAACGUUGAGCCUAAGAAGCUGUGGACAGACCAAGGGCACAUGAGCAACGGUUUGGCAGUGUAUGGGUUUUUCUUGGGCGUCUUUGGCAUGUUGACAGCAUGGAGGAUGACGAAGACUGGACAACAGGCCCGGAAAAGUCUUAGCGCCCUUGCCAUUCUGUUGUUGCUCGGUACCAUGUUCAGUCUGUCCGCCUUCAUCUUCGUCUUCGUAGUAACGUACCAGACGACUGGUCAGCACAUUCGCGAACCCAUCGCCCUCAACUCAGUCGGCAUCAACUACCCGUAUCAGACAUGGACACCUGAAACGUGGUUCCAGGCCGUCCUCGAUCUUCCUCUGGCAGACGGAGCGCAACACGCCCAGAUCAAAAGUAGGGUUAGGAGCAUGGUGGCCUGGCGGUGGAUGUUGAUUCCUCUUUUACUUGUAUAUAUGGCUGCAUUACAAACACACCUACACCUACACACAUACGCACUCCCCUCCUCUCUCUCUCCUACGAGAGGCUUCGCUAUGGGCUGGCUCAUCUACCUCGCCAUGCCCGCCGUGCUCGUCAUCGCCAUGCGCCUGCUCUCGCUCGUGCUGCCAGCGAAGCCUGCCCAGCUCGUGUCUUACUACGCCUUCGCAAUAAGCUCCUUCGUUCUGAUGUUGAGCUGCGCCCUAUAUGGCACACUCGUGGCUAUUCCCCUGCGCAUGGUGGGCUAUGGUGGACUUAUCCAAUGGACGGUUGGGCGGGCUUUCAAGUGGUGCAUGUGGCUAGGCACUGGCGUAACGUUUAGAGUGACCGGGAGCAUGAAGAAAGAGGGAGGUCUCAGUGGAGAAGAUGCCCUCAAGGACCGUCCUGCAGUGUUUGUGGGCAACCAUCAGACUGAACUCGAUGUCCUCAUGCUCGGCUGCAUGUUCCCCAAAUACACGUCCGUCACGGCCAAGAAAUCGCUCAAGUUUGUGCCUUUGUUAGGCUGGUUCAUGGCCCUCUCCAGAACCGUCUUCAUAGACCGCGCAAACCGCACCUCCUCCCGCGCCGCCUUCGACACGGCCGCCCACACGAUGAAAACAACGCGCCAGAAUGUCUUCAUCUUCCCCGAGGGAACGCGAUCCUAUGCCUCGAAACCCGAUCUCCUGCCCUUCAAGAAGGGCGCAUUCCAUCUCGCAGUACAAGCACAAGUUCCCAUUGUGCCGGUCGUCUGUGGUAACUAUUACCACGUUCUGGACGUCAAGGGCAAGAGAUUCACCCCGGGCGUGGUAGAUGUGUCAGUCUUACCCCCAAUACAAACGAAAGGAUUGGGACCAGAGCAUGUCGAUGGCCUGGUCAAGAAGACAAGAGAUGCUAUGAUGGAUGAGCUGAUUCGCUUGAGUCACGUCUCGGGCACGGGCAACGGCGAGCCUCUCCCGCGAACUAGUGCACUUGACGGGCAGGAGCGUAGUGAGCUGAGGAAACGGAAUUAG